CAUAAAUGCUCAUCAGUCGGCUGUGGUUUCUUUCAGACAAGGUUUAACCAAGCAUAACCAUUAACAAACACCACCUGGAACCUGCUUAAGUACCCUAGACUACACAUACCCCUGAAAAGAUGGAGUUUAUUAAAGAAGAGUUUAAAGAGGAGAGUGAAGACAUCCAUAUUUCAGAACCAUUCACAGUGAAGAAUGAAGAUACUGAGGAACAAAGAGAGCUGAUGGACGUGAAAGAGGAAAGUCAAGAACUGGAUGAAGUGGAGGAGAAACAUCAGAAUCCUGAUGAUGUCGUAACUGGAGAAACAACAACAGGAAAUUCUUUAAUCUGCCCUGAGUGUGGAAAGACUUUCAAACAUAAAGGAAACCUCAAUAUCCACAUGAGAAUUCACACUGUAGAGAAACCUUUCAAGUGCCAUCAGUGUGGAAAGAGUUUCAAACAUAGACAAAACCUUUCAUAUCACAACAAAAUUCACACUGGAGAGAAGCCUUACACCUGCCCUCAGUGUGGAAAGAGUUUCAUACAGAAAGUUAAUCUUUCGGUUCACUUGAGAACUCACACUGGAGAGAAGCCUUUCACAUGCAAUCAGUGUGAAAGAAGUUUCAGACACACAGCAAGUCUCACGGUUCACAUGAGAACUCACACUGGAGGGAAACAUUUCAAAUGCCUUCAGUGUGGAAAGAAGUUUAGAAAUCCAAGUAGCCUAAGAAGGCAUAUAUAUGUUCACUCUGAAAAGCAACUACAUCACUGUUCUCAGUGUGGCAAGAGUUUCACACGGGCAAGUCGUCUCAGACUUCAUCAGCGCUCUCACUCUGGAGAAAAGUCUUUCAACUGUGAUCAGUGCGGUCAAAAUGUUAUUUUGCCAUCAGUGCUUCAAAGGCACUUGAAACUUCAUGCAAAUGAGAAGACUCACAGCUGUACUGUUUGUGGAAAGAGUUUUUCAAAGCUGGCUUGGUUGAAAGAGCAUGAGAAUAGGCAUUUAGGUGGAAAAGCUCAUGAAUGCUUAGAGUGUGGUAAAGUUUUUACCAGACGAGAUAACUUGAAUAAGCACCAAAGAAUUCAUACUGGAGAAGAACCUUACAAGUGCUCACUUUGCGGAAAGAGUUUUAAAUGGCUACAACAGUGGAAAACGCAUAAACAAAUGCAUAAAAGAGGGGGUCCAUACCACUGAAAUAAGAAAUGAUUUUGAUUAUACCAAUAGAUUAAAUUACUGUGACAUCACACAGUAGGCCACUGCAGUAACGGGUUCUUUUGAGCUUCAACUUUGUGUUGACAGAUUUAAUAGCGUUAUGGUGUCAGAUUAUGAAUUCAGGGAAUAAAGUACUACAACAGCAUUUGAUAUUCAGUAGGUCAUUGUCCCACUGCCCAAAAAUUACAGUUUCUACUUUAUUCUCAGCUUUUUUCAUUAACCCGUUAUUAGUGUCUAAAGUUAGCUAAUGUUAUGUUUGGCUGUCGCCUGCUGUUUUUCACACCCAAAUGUUUGGUUCUCAAGCUUGGACAGCAACAAACGUGAUCCUCUCAUCCCUCAACCUUGUUUUUUGCAGAUGAAAAAUAGUCAUACUGGUUAUAUAAGACAAAGGUAAGUAUAGUGCAUCCGGAAAGCAUUCACAGCGCUUCACUUUUUCCACCAUUUUGUUAUGUUACAGCCUUAUUCCAAAAUUGGUUUAAUUCAUUAUUUUCCUCAAAAUUCUACAAACAAUACCCCAUAAUGACAACAUGAUAGAAGUUUUUUUAAAUCUUUGAAAAUUUUGUAAAAAUAAAAAACGAACAAAAUCACAUGUACAUAAGUAUUCACAGCCUUUUCCGUGACACUCAAAAUUGAGCUCAGGUGCAUCCUGUUUCCACUGAUCAUCCUUGAGCUGUUUCUACAACUUGAUUGUAGUUCACCUGUGGUAAAUUUAGUUGAUUGGACAUGAUUUGGAAAGGCACACACCUGUUUAUAUAUGAUCCUACAGUUAACAGUGCAUAUCAGAGCACAAACCAAGCCAUGAAGUCCAAGGAAUUGUCUGUAGACCUCUGAGACAGGAUUGUAUCGAGGCACAGAUCUGGGGAAGGGUACAGAAAAAUGUCUGAAGCAUUGAAAGUCCCAAUGAGCACAGUGGCCUCCAUCAUCCAUAAAUGGAAGAAGUAUGGAACCGCCAGGACUCUUCCUAGAGCUGGCUGCCCGGCCAAACUGAGUGAUUAGGGGAGAAGGGCCUUUGUCAAGGAGGUGACCAAGAACCCGAUUGUCACUCUGACUGUGCUCCAGCAUUUAUCUGAGGAGAGAAGAGAACCUUCCAGAAGAACAACCAUCUCUGCAGCACUCCACCAAUCAGGCCUGUAUGGUAGAGUGGCAAGACGUAAGCCACUCCUCAGUACAAGGCACAUGACAGCCCGCCUGGAGUUUGCCAAAAGGCACCUGACAUGAAACAAAAUUCUUUGGUCUGAUGAAACAAAGAUUGAACACUUUGGCCUGAAUGGCAAGCGUCAUGUCUGGAGGAAACCAGGCACUGCUCAUCACCUGGCCAAUACAAUCCCUACAGUGAAGCAUGGUGGUGGCAGCAUCAUGCUGUGGGGAUGUUUUUCAGCAGUAGGAACUGGGAGACUAGUCAGGAUCGAGGGAAAGAUGAAUGCAGCAAUGUAUAGAUACAUCAUUGAGGAAAACCUGCUCCAAAGCCUGGGGCAAAGGUUCAUGUUCCAACAGGACAACGACCCUAAGCACACAGCCAAGAUAACAAAGGAGUGGCUAUGGGACAACUCUGUGAAUGAACUUGAGUGGCCUUGCCAGAGCCCAGACUUGAACCCGAUUGAACAUCACUGGAGAGAUCUGAAAAUGGCUGUGCACUGAUGCUCUCCAUCCAACCUGAUGGAGCUUGAGAGGUCCUGCAAAGAAUGGGAUAAAAUGCCCAAAAAUAGGUGUGCCAUGCAUCAUACACAAAAAGACUUGAGGCUGUAAUUGGUGCCAAAGGUGCUUCAACAAAGUAUUUAGUAAAGGCUGUGAAUACUUAUGUACAUGUGAUUUUUUAAAAAAAUAAAAUAAAUUGCAAAAAUUUAAAACAAACUUCUUUAACGUUGUCAUUGGGAGAAUGUCCAGGGAGAAACCGCAUGAUGUCAUUUUUAAAAUGGUCUUGGUCAUUUAUAUAUUUUUUCAUGUGUAAAUUGUUGUCCUGAGGUCCAGACUGCUACCAAAACAGAACAGUGUAGGGCUAGUGACAAAAGUUCAUCUUUUCAAAUACUUUUUUAAUGAAUAGUAUUUCUUUUCAUUGAGUUUUCAUUGCAUUUUUUUUUUCUUUUUGAAAAACGCGUAUGUAUCAUGCAAGGUUUUCUUGUUUGAC